AUGGGGUGGGCGUCUGCACUCGUCCAUCAACAGCACCAUGGCGGGGGAGUCCCGCUGAAGUUCUCGCGGCGAUUGGGAGCUCGGCGCCUCGGCCGCUCCCAGGAGCUGGUUCUCCUGCAAAUUCGCACACAAGUCGCUUCCAUCUCCCACGCCCGUACGCAACAAUUCCUUCUUGCUGCUGUCGUAUAUGGUCAUUGCUUUCCUUUGUCUGAUGUUUGGCUUCAAUAGUUCAUCACUUGCUCAAUUUCGAUAUGUGCCUUGUGUUUUACAGUUUUGAGUGGUCGCCGACUGCGCUGGUCUGGGGUUCGCUGCUCCCCUCGGACCAAUCUGCCGGACGUCCUGACGGAAGGUCGAAACUCUUCUUGCUUGUGGUAUUUAUUCUCCUGCUUGGAUAUGUUCUAGCUGUUGUCUACUUACCUUGAGCUUUCUCUUGGUGGCCAGUUCCCUCCCCGGUAUGUUACGAUGAAUCUUCAAUGCUGUUUGAUCAUGUGGUACACUUAUAUCUUUCUGACGAAGGAUGAUAUCUUUACAUAAAUUUUAUGCCGUCACAACUUUAAUCGCGUCUUAAAUUUGAAUGAUCUUCCUCUUUCCGAGACUAAAAUUCCUAUGCCCAUUUGGAAUCCAGCGAUUUCAUUCCCUCCUGUCUUUACAGAAAGAAAGUUUGCAACCUUGACAACUUGGAUUUUAAUCUUCGCUAAUGUUCCAAACAACGACCGCAAACGAGUGUAUUAUUCUAUGCUCAUAAAUUGAAUCAAAGAAUUUUUGACUGGAAAAAAGGGAGAGAGUAACGCAAAUUCGAAGAGGAUAAACGAAACUGUAAUCGCAAUUCAAGGGAGUCGGAAACGAAAAUUCAUAACUAUUAGCGGGAGUAAAAGAAAAUUAUAGCAUAAUGACACCAUUGCAUUCACUACUGAGCUCUGAAACAAAUUUGGCAUUCAAAAAGCUCGUGCACAACCUAAAACACACCUGUUCUUAUCCCGGGAUAUCUGGACGUAUUAGGAGCUUAUGAAUAAAAAAUUCGCUUUUGAUAAUCUCAGCUCCUGACACCAUGAGCUUGACUUCUUGAAAAUAUGAUUUCACCCUGAUGAAAACUAUUGAAAAGAAAAAUUAAAAACCAUUAGAAAAGAAGAUAAUGACUAGUCUUUAUUUUCAUGUUACCUUUAUGAAAUUUUCUGUGACAUAUUCUAAUAGUCCUUGAUUUGAUUCAAUUUUGGUGGGAAGUAAAAGUAUGCUUCCUAGCAAACGGUUGGCGUUACCACACUAUGUCUAUAUACCCACCCCUCUAUCUUCAGUGCAUUUUCAUCUAGAUUGUGCUACUUGUAAUGUAUGUAACCUGCUAUUUAGAAAGAACCUACCACGGACACAGAAGUAACCCGGUAGAUAUCAGAAACUUCUAUAAACAGUCGAGGUGAUAAGGGUCUGAGUUGCAUAAUCGGUAGGCAUGACAGUGUGCAAAACACGUUGAUUUAAUUUCUUCACCUGCAUUUAUUUUUCAUCCAGUCUGAUUGGAUGCUUGACACGUGCGCUUUGAGAAGUUUUUUUAAUGUGAACUUUUUUUCAUGUCUUUUAGAGGCCCGAUUACCUCUGACUGUCCAAAAAACUGUAUACUGUACGCAAGGACUUAUUGAGAACCUAUGCAAAGCUUCAUUAUGUUACAGCCAAUAUUCAUUCAUCUGAACACUGUUUUGUAUUUUGAUGGCGUAUUUCUUCCACCAUCUAUCCGAAGGGCUGGUUGUAAUGAAUUUUCCGUAUGUACUGAUGCAAGACCCACACUGUUCUAGCCAACUGGUGACGGUUAAUCUACAAAAAGUUGUUCAAAUGAUACUUUGUUUGAAAAAAAAAUAUGGUGAAAUUGAUCUGCAGAAGAACAGGACAUACCUGGUGAGGGUGGAAGUAAAAGCGAGGCAUCCUUUGGUCCCCCAUCUGUUAGCUAUUCAAGUUCAUUGACGGAGGGGGUUGAGCAUGAUAAAGGAUCUCUUGUAAGACUUGUUGUUUUCUGGGUGAGUCCUGAUUUCUCGACAUGUCCCUAUUAUAACUAGUUUUUCUCGUAGCUAUUUUGAGCUUCUCCUUCUCCUUUUACAGAUUUUAGCUGCUGUUGUUUUUGGUGUUGGUUUGGGUGUAAGAGAUGGGGCAGAAAAGGCUUCAGAGUUUUUUGCCGGGUACACAGAACCAAAGCAACCUUAAAAUACAACUCUACUUGUUCUUGAAACAUGCAAUUGUCUUAAUGCUGUAAUCUGAAGGAAGAACAUUGAAUUUCUCUCAUUUUUCUGUUUUUUUGUAUGUUUUCAGGUACAUACUAGAAAAAAGUUUGUCUGUUGACAAUCUCUUUGUCUUUGUCUUGAUUUUCAAAUACUUCAAAGUGCCACUUCCAUAUCAGGUGAUUCAUCUUUACUUAGACAUUCGUCUACUUUCGCUUUACAUCUUUCUAAUGAUGUUUCUUGGAUCAAGAGUCGCGUGCUUUCAUAUGGAAUUGCUGGAGCUGUUGUCUUUCGUGCAAUAAUGAUCCUGCUUGGAGCUGCAACCCUUCAGGUUUCUAUUUUUGUCUAGAUUGAGGCUUGAUUCUUCAUAUUUCCUGUCCUAAUCUAUUUUAUUUUAUGUUGUCGUGCGUUUGAUCAUUAACUUUUUUUCUUUUCAGAGUUUUGAGGCAGUUAACUUGCUGCUGGCUGCAAUUCUUAUUUAUUCAGCAUAUAAGGUGACAUCUCUGAACGACCUUAGUCGGUUUCUGCUUGACCAAUGGGACAUUGAUUUGACACAUCUACUUUAAUGUCAUUAAAUCCGAAGUUAAAAGCAAUUUUAUCUUUCCUCUGAUUUUGGUUGCUCCAUUUUAUUUCGAAAUCACGCAAAUAAGGAAUUAGUUUUUUUUUUAUACGAGAUCAACCUGUGAUACUUUUUCUAGAAUGCCUGAACAUUUCUCAUUCAGUCAGACAAAGCUCCAGUUCUAACCGUAAUGAUCAUCUCAAAAUCCAUUGUAUAAUAAAAGUUUCUCAUACUCUGGCCUAACCAGAUCAUUUAUUUUCUCCCAGUUCCCGUACUUAAGCUUAUAAAUGAUAUCUAGAGAGCCAAUUUCCAAAGAGUAUAUACGAAUCUGGGCACACCUUGGUUUAUUUGGACUUCCUUUUGAAUUGUGUGACGGCUUCAUUAUCAUAAAAACAAAACAUGCUUCAUUGGAUACGACUAAAAAGGGAGAAUCCUUCCACGGUGCUACUUAUGUUGCGAAGUUGAGGUACUCUAUUUCACAGAAGAAGCCAUUUUUUAAAACCUGCAAAUUGUCACUGAUAUAAUGACUUUUAGUUGUCCAAUCUGGGGUCAGUGUGACUCCCAUUCUAGUUUUCUGACUUCUUUGUAAACUAUCAAAAUAGGCUGCAGAGGUAUCUCUUUGUUAUCCGUGUAUUUGUAAUCCCCAGGAGAUUUAGUAUCCAAUAUAUUGUCACUCUAUUGACGAGACAUGAAUUUGCUUUUAAACUUAUAAGGUAACAGAAAGAGACAAUAUAUAGCCUUAGACGCAAGCUCUAGCAAACAGGGUAUCAUUCUUGUUCUAAGUUUUUUCUGGUGGAUUUAACAUUCGACAUGGUCCAUGUGAUACGGUUGUACAUGUUUUUAUAAGAGUACUCAGCCUUAGAGCGCUGACGAUGUUAUAAAUUGGCAUGUGACUUCUAAAAAUUGAUUAGUACUAUGGUUCCAUAAUUGACAUCUAUCACAGAUACCCGUACUUAAUGGCGCCUUACAUAUUUAAACAAGUACUAUGGUACCAUAUCUGUUUGAACGUGUUAAACUUCAUGCUGCAGCUGUUCGCUGUUCAGGAAGAGGAAACCGACUUGUCCAAUAACUUUAUAGUGAAGACAUGCCAGAAGUUCAUCCCUAUCACAUGUGAGUAUACACGCACUUUAUCCCACUAUUUUGGUGAAUAGUUCGGAAUUUUGUUUAUAGCGCAGUGGGUACACUUGCUAUUUGACCAAAGUUUAGCUACAUGAUUUCUUACUAUCUAUUUUGACUCAUGAACAAGAAGCAAGGACCGAUCCUUUAGUGUCAUACUGUUGCGGGUCUGUGUAUAUCAUGGCAUAUGUUUCUUGUGUCAUAUACAAAUGAGCCUAUGUUGAUUGAAAUCUCUCUCGCAAAUGAUUGGUGGUGUAGCUAAUAUAUAUUUUAAUGAUGGGUUUAUUUUUUAUAUUAGUCUGAUCCAACUGCCCUACAUGCAACUUUGUCUCGUAUGAUCAUAUUAAAUAAAUGUACAGCAUUGAAUAUAAUAUUUCUCCUGUUGUUGCAGCUUAUUAUGAUAGUGAUCGGUUCAUAACAAUCCAGGAUGGCGUACAGAAAGUGAGUCCGUACAUUAUCUGGUUUAUACUUUCUUCUAUUAAAAGUAUACUGUAACAUGCUUGUGCGAUUAAAAAUGUUGAACGAAGUACAGGGUGUUACGUGGUUUUAAAUCACUAUUGAAAUCGUUUUGUCAGGCGACACCUUUACUGCUCACAUUGGCAGUCAUCGAACUCAGUGACAUUGCAUUUGCAGUAGGUCCUCUACUUCCUUGUCAUAUCAUUUUGAUUGUCGAAAUCUGUUGAUCUCACAAUGGUUUUCAUUUUCUCUUUUAGAUUGAUUCAAUACCUGCUGUUUUUGGCGUUACAAGGGAUCCUUUCAUAGUGUUCUCUUCAAACAUGUUUGCCAUCUUAGGUAAUGUUUUAUGAAGUCUCCAUUCACUUACUGUGAAAUAAGGACUGCCUCCUCGUUGAAUUUCUUCAUAAAGUUUUGCUAUGUUGUUUAACGUAUCUUCAAAAUAUUUUCAGUGAUUCUUCCCUUUACUCUCUCCGGUGCCUAUCAAUUAUACUGAGUUGACAUUCUGUUGAGUGAUGACCAAUUUUGAUCAAUGAUUACGUUAUUGUAAAGUAGAUAAUUAUAAAUAUGUGCUUCUUUUCCACCUGUUGUACUGAGGUUUUGGGAGAAGCAGUUAGAAGCUAUCCAUAAGCAGUUUCAGGCUAUCAUUGUGUGUUUAGGUUUUCUUAGUCAUAUGUUGUUUAGCAUAGAGGUGAAUUGUUAUAUUUUUUUGAGUUAUUUUCUGUUGCAUAUCUCAACGCUAUUCAGUUGAAGCUUGGAUACUCCACAACUCCUUAGACAGUUUUUCAGCUCUUCUCAAUAUGACGUUUCUCCCCUCAUUCCAAUAUCCCAUAUUUGGAAGUUUUUGCAUUAUUUAGGGUAUUCUUUAUCCAUCGUGACUGUAUCUUUUAUCACCAACUCUAUCUUUAGCGUUAUCAGAAUCUAGAAGUUUUCAGUCUUUGGAAUUGGAAAAUUGCAAUCUGACUGUUUAUACCAGGCAAUAUUUUUAUAACUUUGCCUGUUAUAAAAAUAUUCCCGAGCAGAAGCAUGCAUAUUUAUGUAUAAGCAUAUUCCAUCUAGGAUUAGAUGGUUAACUGACAUGCCGUUUCCUGAAUGGUGUUGUAGGUCUAAGAUCAUUAUAUGUUCUUAUCUCAGAAAGUGUGGGCGACCUAGAAUAUUUGCAGGUGAAAAUAUUUUUUUAAAUGCUUUUUUCCCCCAUAUUUGCAUGCUUAAUAGUUUUCUUUAGUUUUUUUUAUUUGAGUUGUGAUGUGCAUUAUCCUUUACUAUUUUCUGAAAAAAAAAAAAAAAGAAUGUCUUACUAACGCCCACUUUGGGAAAACAGGUUAAUACUCUGCCUCAUUGAUCACACAUGAUAUACUUCUUUUAGCAUCUGAUUUGUGUGGAUCUACUCGAAUAUAUCCCUGAUAUAAUACUUAUAGAAUCGCUUGAGUCUGUAUUAUUUUUCUAAAAAAUGAGUUAUUUCUACAAACGCGCAAGCCCAAACAAAGUCCAACUUAUUCACACUUCUUCACUCACGGUCAGAUAUCUCCAAAGCUAUGUCUUACCUUAUUGACGAUGUUGAACUGUAAUUCUCCUCGCGGGCUCUUGGAUGCAUAGUGCACCAGAACUGACUCACCUAUGAUUAGAAAAUGAACAGAAAAGUCAACGAUGGGUUUCCCCUUGGGCAGGUGUCUUUACCCGUUUCCCUUUUCUACCCAUUAUUGGAAUAGACACACAGUUUUGAGAAGCACAACAAGAGGGGCGUUUUCCCUUUUCUCUUGGCCGGAAACCUGGUCAUUUUUAGCAAAGCUUUCUUAAUAUAGUCGUAUUUGUACUAUUUCAUCAUAGAUUCUGGAGUAAUUCACUUGCCUCUCAUUUUUUCAGCCCGCCAUCGGACUGGUUCUGGGUUUCAUCGGGUCUAAGAUGAUCUUCGACUUCUUCGGUGAGCUUCUCAGUCUUUUUUCCUCGCCUUCUGUGCGUUCGAUGCCAUGGUUUCUUGAACCAGACGAUGAAUGCUCGCUUCUCGGUGUUAAAGAAUUAUGUCGAUCUCUCCAGGUUAUCACAUAGCGACGGAGGUUUCUCUGGGUCUUGUCGCCGCGACCAUCGGGUCCGGAAUAUUACUGAGCGUUACUAAGAAAUCUGAUUGA